AGAUACUUCACUGGUUGCCGAUCCUGUACAGAGCUGACACACUUCCCCCUAGUAAGGACCAGGAUGAUUUGGAGGAUACAGCCAGUGCCUCUAAAAUAGCGUCCCGUUAUCAGGAUGACAACAUGGGCUUAUUCCAGAAAGCCAAGUCUGCUUCGUCCCGUCCUGGCUCAGCAGCAUCAACACAGACCUCCAGUGCCGUACCACCAGCGCCACCUAUCAGUGCCAACCUCUUGACAACUUCGCCUCUUCCUUCUUCAGCUUUUACAUUGGCUGCUGCUGCAGCGGGUGGAGGCCUGGCUACCGAUGAAAGCUCACUCGGAAUUCCACUCAACGUGAUUGACUUUGACUCUCUUAAGCCUCACCUUAGCUUCCUACUCAACAUCUAUGGAGUCAAUUAUGAUUUGGAGAGUAUUCACACGCCUGCUGACGAAAUGGAGUUAUACGCUGCUGUUAACAGGAAAUUCCGGCUCCUAUUUCUCCGUCAAGAAAACAUGAGAACGUUUAAGGCAUAUGACCGUGUUGAGAUUGGAAUAGAGAAUUGGGGCUCAGAUUCAUCGACACAUGCUCUCAGACAGGAAGCCAACUGGGUUCCCUACAUACGUCUUCGUCCUGAAAAAGAACCAAUUCAGGAGAAGAAAUGGACACAGUUACGCCAAGCGAACAAAGUUGAUGAGAUACUGAAAAUCAAAUAUGGCUUCCUGAGUAUGUCUGAACCAAAGAGAGUACAAGAUAUAUUGAGAGACCACGCAGCUGUUGUCCGUGACCCUGUCCCAGUGUUUCCGGCCUACGUUACCUCAAACACGGCCCCUUCUGGCUACAACACUGCUGCCACCUGGAGGAAAAUCUACAGCAAUCCAGACCGAUAUACAGAUGAGGAUGCUGAUGAUGAAGGUCGUGACCUUGAUGACAGAGAAAUAGAAAACGUUGAUUUGACACAGUCCCGAGCUUCAAGUGCGAGGAAACGUAAAGACAGCUAUGAUUACAUGAACACAGUGAGAAUGCUGGCUGGUACUAAAGAAGGUAUGGAUGAUGGAAAGGAGGAUACAGACCCAGCCACUGUUCAGGGGGCGUACCUGUCUUUUUUACACCUACGGCACCUGAGGCUCAGGGACCUGCAUCGAACAGUGCUGGGUUGUCUGAAUUACUACCGAUCCUUAGAAAGGACACUUUCCAUCCACGACGCUGGCCUGACUCAGGAAGGAAGCGACUAUAAAAAGACUUUCCCACAGAACCACAGACGAUCCACAGAGCAUGAUGGGACUGUUGGAGGGGGCGGAGGGAUAGGUAACCAUGGUUACAUCCACAACACUCCGGCAGACUACAAGUUGAACGAGUCUGAGUUUGUCCAGUAUGCAGAUGUCGAUAACCAUGACGACUUCUACACAAUCGAGGAAGGACGAGUUCAUGUUCAGGAUCAGCGAGGAUAUUUCAUCAUCUAUGAUGCUGCAGAGACUGACCUCAAGGAUUUGGAGAAAGAUUUGUUACUGGUAGCAACACACUACAUAGAAAAAGACCGAGACUUACGACAGCAGUCACGAAUCGUCAGGUCAUCCGACUCCAUAAAGCGCAGACAGAUAUCGGAGAUGGGGCCUGGAGAUUUUGACAUCGCCAGCUAUGCCCACCAGGAGGUAGAUCGGUUUGGAGUCCUCAUGGACUUGUGGACCAACGAGGCUGCCUACCAGGAGUGUAAACGAGAGCUUCUGGAUUGUUACAUCGAGGCCUACCAACAUGUGUUUGACCGGGACGAAAAGCGAGCCCUUGCACAAGUCAUUACCAACCUCAUCUACAAACGGCCGCGAUUUGACUUCGAUACGACCUACUUUGUGAAGACCUAUCGGACAGAGUGUGUCAUACUCAGACAGACAACAUCACUGGUCAAGGCCAUGCUUGACCGGCAGGUGGAGCAGCAGAGAGAGUAUACCCAGAAAGUCUGUCGAGAGGGCGACUCUGAGUUUGGUUUGCCUCUGUGUGUUGUCCCCAAACAGCCUAUAUCGGUGAACUUGAGUCGACCAGCCUUGAAGAAUGUGUACAUGCUUGAGUUCCAUACAUCAUUGUCCAUGGCCAGUAAGGUCCCAGGGGCUCUCAAGUAUGCUCUGCAGGAACUUAUACAUGCCCACAGACCUGAGUCCGUGUACGACGCCCUCAUUAUUGAAAAGAAGAUGCUGGAGGCAGCAAAUAAAGAAUGGAGUAAAAUGCAGCGACCGGGGAAGUCCUACUCCGACCAGCUGGAGAAAGAUUUGUUUUCUGAAGUGUUUGCUGACGACCCGUUGUUUAUGUGCGAGAUUGCCCAGAGCAUGGUUGCCCAGGGGGCAGAGGAGGCCCAGAGAAAACCUGCCAAGGAAAGACAGGCUUUAAUGUUAUCAACUGUUGGUAGACUCAUGGAGGCGCUGACCUAUCGUUACCGACUGAUAGACUCAGCUUGGGAAACCGACAUACUGGCCAAGAUCUAUAAGAAGCAGGCGGAGGAGAUGGGUUACCACGAAUCUCACAUGUUUAUACGCUUCGUCCAGUUUGAGUACGCGUCGUACAAGGAGGAUGCGGGUAAACCUCCGCCCACCUUCAUGACCCAGGAUCAGGAUGAUGAGUCCGCUGCUGACAGAUAUGUACCAAUCAACCUGUUUCUUGCCAUACAUGAGUUAGAUGAAGGCCAUGUUGGCCGAUUCAGCUUCCGGAGCCGAGAGGGCGUCCUACAGAUUAUGCGUCCGGGUGGUGUGGAGAGUUUAUCGGCCGUGCUGAAGUCACAGAUUGUACAGAAAAAUGCCCUAAUGAGUGCCGUUCAGCUCGUUGAUGUUUGUACGCCAUUAAAAGAGCCGGAGAAUUUCAAAAGUGGAAGAUUGAGUCCAACCGAAACAAAAAGUGAGAAAAGCUCCCUUACCCAGCUAACGGGAUUCUCCAGUGGAACCGGAGGUACAGCAUUAGGGUCUAAAGGCUUGGGCCGGACAGCUCGCAACAGACCCCUCCCCGAGUCUUUUGUCUCCAUUAAACUGGAAAAGACCCCUAGUCGAGACCUUAUGCUGAAUCAGUUUGUACACAAGAAGAGCCAGAUGGGGAUGUUACUGAGGAAUACCGAAGAGAUGGAGAAAUUAAAAAGGAACCUGAUAUCAGAAUUUUGCUACAUGUUCAAUCGCCGGAUGGCCCAGUUUUCCUUGAGAGGACAGAUAAUCGCUUACUACAACAGCAUGCUUCGUCUGUUAGAGGACUUCCCAACACUACGAAACACCUACUUCAUGCUAGGAGAACCCAGUGAAAAGAAGGAAGAUGUCGAUGACCUUUCUGGACUCGCACCCGACCCAAGACAGAGGAAAGCUCGUCCCCGGCAGCUUCUCACCAACGACGGGAAAAACGUCCUAAACAUCUGGUUCAUUCCGCACCACACCGAGGCCUUGAGCAUGUUCAAGAAGCUGGAUGACACGGAUUGCGUCCGAGCAUUGACAUACACCGUGAUGAUUGUCGCCUCAUUACACGACAUGCUCCAGUACCUGUGUGCGCACUCACGGCUUGGUAGCUCUCUCGCUCGUCUCGGCACACGCAAGAUGGAGUUUGUAUCGGCAGAUUGGGGUGGAAUUGAAGGCAUAGGAUCUGAACUAAGAGAAAUUCAGAAGCAGAUCGACAGUUUACCGAACCCUAACGACCCCGCUGCUAUAGCUGACCUGUUGAAUCUACGGAAGGAUGUCAUGUUCCUGGAGUUUGAUACAGCUGUUCGACACUGCAUGACCGAUACUUUCUUAUCCACGGGCAACGUACAGGCAUUUAGGUCAAUCAAGCAAAACAUCCACCACGCCUUACCUGCACUGAGUAACAUUCAACGUCCAACUCUGUAUAGUACUGAACUCACGAUCCCCGAACCCCUGGAGGCAAGGGACUUGGCCACCCAGGAACUUUUCCCGUACAGAUCAUUCCUCGGACGGAGUGGACCGUUUGCAUUAGCUCUUUGGCAGUUCCAUAUGAUUGAGUAUUACAUACAGUUGUGUUUGGCCGGACUCAAGGAGGUGGACAGACAUGUCGCUAACGGCGAGAUCCUUGGAGUGACCCUCCUCAUGGAGGACGCCUUACAGUCCGGAUACGAGGACACAUCAUCUCUGGCAGAUGUGGAAGAGGUGGAGUCAAAAACCAGCAAGAAGGAAGGAACGGGGUCACAAGGGGGUUCAAGAACGGGGUCAAGGGCCACAAGUCGUACAGACGUACACAAGGACCCACAAGAUGGUGUGGUAGCUGUGGUUGCCCCUACAAGCAAGAGUCUUUCCCGGACAACACAACCAAUAGAAGCAUACCGCCUUCUGAAGUUUUUCCUCAUGCAGUGGAAAUGUCUCGAGUUCCUCAAAUUUGAUUGGGGAAAGUGGCGUCUGCAAGUGGAGAAGAUAGAGAGCCCUCCUCUAUUCAAAGAGUUUUGUAAACUGUACAAGACAGAGAUCCUUAUGCCGGUCCUCACAAGCAUUGCUCGACGUCUCGGACAAGGUGAGAUGUACGAAGGUAUUGCCUUGGACACAGAUCCUCUUGUCAUGCCGAAAGGGGCAUCGGAGAUCGAAGUCAGAUCCAAACAGCUGAUCAAAUUGUUGGAAACGUAUGAGUGUCACCAGAUUAUGGAAAUCCGAAAGAAGAUUGCAAGGGAGAUGACUCUAGUGACAGCAGAGCGGGCACGCGAGGAAUCAGCAUUGUCAACGGAUCUAUGGAAACGUCCUGCAAUGAAGGAGAGCUUCACCAUCAACAAACCUCAUUUAACUGAGAGUUUUGUUGAUCUCCUCAUGUCCAAUGCCAAAGAAGGCGAGGAAGGGGAGGUAACCUUCUCCUCGGAUCACCUUAACCACUGUAUCAUGGAGCUGGCCUCUCAAGUCAUGGGCCGAGAGAAGAGCAAUUUUGAAAGCUACACAAUGUAUUAUGAGAACCUGAUGAAGGUCCACCAUCAGCUACUUUACCAAAAAGAACAAGAAGUUAAACAACUGAGGGAUCAAAUCAAGAUGUACCAGAAUAACAUCCAGGUGGAGGUUCAGUGUGACCUGGCAACACAGACACACGAUAUGUUGAUGGAAAUCACUGCCCUCCGAGCCAAGAUCUUUGAGAUGAGGACAACAACUUUAAACCAGGAGCAAGAGAUUCGAGACAAAGUGAAGAAAGAGUAUAACGACCUUAUAGGGAACAUGAUGGAGUUGUGUGACCACAUCAAGGCAAAGUUUGACGAAUUCCGGCAUGAGUUACAUGAUGAUGUGAAUGACAUGAUUACGGAAACCAGACGAGAAACUUUGAGGGCCAUGGAGAGUGUCAAGCAAAAGUCAAUGGCAGAUGCUGAUGAGGAACUGAUCCAGAGGAACCUUGCCAAGUCUGAACAGAUUCGGGAGCUCAAGAAUGAGAACCACAAUCUAAAUGUCCUUGUUCUGAAGAUCAAGGCCAUGAAUAAUUGGAGACAAAACCAUACCAACCUGGGCUUCGUCAAAACAAUAAACAAACUGAAGAUGGAUGCGAACCAGAGUAAGAAGGAAUAUGUCCAAAUUAAGAUGAAAGCAGACGAGAAAGUUAUUUUACUCCGACAACAACUGUCAGCCAUUAGGAAGGCUCUGACCUCCACAGAGAAAGAAUGCAAUGAAAUUCGCAAACAGCUGGACAAAGAGUUGAAGGAGAAGUUGGAGAAGACACAUGAGGAAAUGCAGCGUGCGGCCAGUCAGAAACAGCUGGAAAUGGCCAAACAGGCUAACAUAGAGAAACUGAUUGAGGAGUUGGACUACAAAGACACAAGACUUAAGACAAUGUUAGACGUCCAGGAUAAAAACCAAAAAUUCCAGAUUAUCCAACAAGUAAAAGUACGCAAGGAUGUAGACGGUAUCAGGAAACAGCUCAACCAUGAACGUGGGCUCAAACUGGAUGCCUUCAACCGUGUCGAUGAACUCCAGACGCACGUGUACGACAUGGAAUCUGCCUUUUUGACAAGAACACAGUCAGCCAUUACAGCGCGACCACUUUCUCCGGCCCAAACAGUGAAGUCAAAUAACUCCAAAAGAGCGCAGUCUGCCUAUGGUACAGCGCGGAGUCGAAUGUCCAGUCGGGGCACUCCGACUUCCUCUGGAGUCUGGCCUCCACCUGUGUCCUGGCCUGCCGGUCACAGAAGCUUGACCGCCGUCCCACCAUCGACGUUUGAUCACAACAACAUUGACAAGAAGUCUAUACAGCGACCCAAAACUUCGUACAUGAAACAAGUGGUGCACAGUCGACUGCGGAGUAGAAUCGCCGAACAGCUGAUGAAUGAACUUGAGCUGGACAAUGAGAAUACAAUCGUACAACUGGAGAAAUUACAGUUAGAUAGUAGUCGUCCAAAGGAAACUGCCUACUGAUUACAGGACAAGGGACAUCAUUCAUGGUCAUCGUCUGAUAAGUGAAACAAGAGUUUUGAAAUUCUUGUACAUGUGACUUCUGCUGAAUUCAGUCUGUGCCCAAGUUGUUUGAUGGAAAGAUUUUUUAUGAAGCAAAGGAGAUAACUGCGACUACUUUGAAACAAAGGUGAUAAGUUGAGAUUUUCAAAUGCGAGAAUAUAUUUCAUAUAAACUUGUUUGACGCAUUAAAACUUAGCCAUAGAUACUACUUAAAGGGAAGUAACUCCUGCUGGUUUGGGAUAUUGAAAUCAUAGACUGGCCAUGAUAAUGUUCCAUACUGGUCAAACACAUUAACUGCAAAAAUUUUAUAUCUGAUAUAUAUAAUCAUAUAUAUCAUUUACUAAGUAUUUUGUGUGGACCACGAUGAAAACUUUUGUGAAAUAUUGUGACUGGAUGAGAUGAAGAGAUGAGGUGCACUGCACGAAUUAGGAAAAUAAAAUGGAGGAUACCUUCGAAUUCAGCACUGAUAACUCGAAAUGUUCUCAGCCAAGAAUGCAACAAGAAGUAUCCAGUCAAUUUCUGUACACAAUAAAAUGAUCUGUUAUGUUGACCAAAGCAACAGUACAGAUUAUAUACAAAAAUAUUUUGUAUUUCUGAUCUUUCUGUCAGACAAUUUAUUUAACCAAACUUGUUACAUUUGAUCUGUUACUUUGACUUUUGACCUCUGUGAGACUGAUAAAAUUUGAAAAUUACAAACAUAAGUAAAAAUUAAUUGCAUUGUAUUUUACUGAACAAGAUUCUUGUUUGUGACUUUUAUAAAGUUGCUUUUUAGAGUUUUGUCCAAAUGCAACUUUACUUUUUCAUCUUAAUUAAUUCAUAGUAUGAUACAAUAAUAAACAUGUUUGUAUAUAUGUAAAUACAUUAUUUUAUUACUUGCAUGCAAUAGCUAGAGAGAGAGAGAGAGUGAAGUAGUUUUGAUAGAAAUGUUCAAUUUUUAUAAGUGGGGUAUAAGGAAAUACAUCGUACUUAGAUAUUCCAUGAAAAUGUUACCGUGUUAUAGAUUACAGUAGAACUUUCUCAAAGAUUGUGCCUUUUUGUGUCUAUGACAAAUUAAAUGUUUUAAAAUUCUUUUUUCUCCAGAAGUAUCGUGACUAUGUGAGGUUUGUUCGUAAUCGUUUCUAAUAGUAUCCAGUAAUUUUCUAAACAAUAAAAUUUGUUGAAAUGAAAUUGAAAAUGAAAUAUUGUUUUGUUGUCCUAGAUUAAUGUCAUGUUUGUUUAUGUAUGCAUUUUUUUCUUUUGAGAAUUAACUGAUAAGAAAAAACCCUGUUUUUGCACUCAACUGUUUGUGUAAACAGGAAUAUUUUUCCAACAUUCCUUAGUAGUGUUUACAUUGGUGCUUUGGUUAAAUGUGUAGAAAAUAUCCAUAGUUAAUAUAUUCAAUUUAUCUAAUGAAUAUUCAACAUUUUCUAGCAUAGUUUAUGAAUAUUCAUUUCAUAUUUUAAUAUUCAUAACCUUCUAAACACUGUAUGAAAAAUAAGGGUACGGGUAUUUAUUUUCCAACAAAAGAAUUUUCAAAAUCUUGAAAAUAGCUUGAAAUUACUAUUUUCAAUUGUACCAGAAAAUUUUCCAUUCCAUCAAUAUUUCUCCCAGUUUUCCUAAGGCCUAAAAAAUGUAUUGCUUGUUUUGAUUAUUUUUCUUAACAGUAAUUUAAAUAACCUAAGCAUUAAAUACUGACACAGAUUUACAUAAUGGUAUGGCCUAACAUGUUAUUAUUUUGAUUAUUUUUUCUUUUGCCAAGAUUCAGACCAUUAUUUCAGAUGCAGUUUUGUACAAUUCUGUUAUAUAUCUUAAAGCUCUCUCGAUUUUGCAUUUAACUAUGACCCAAACUGGUGACUGCAUGGUGACUUUUGAUGUAAGUUCUUGAUAUUUCUUUUUACGAAACAUAUUCUGUAACAAUGGAAAUAGAAAUGAACCACUAUGUGAAGUGGUUGCCAUGGAAACUAAUUACCUGAAAUAUGUUGCCAGUGAAAUUUUCUGUAACCAUGGGAAUAUUUACAUAAAUAAUUACUACAUAUUAGUGCUAGUUUCAUAAAGAAUUUUGUUAAAUAGUUAUUUCUAUAAACAGAUAGUUACUUUUGACAUUUUCUGUGAAAAAUUCCGUCCAUGUUAACUGAAGAAUAUUUUCUUUUAACUUGUAUGUAUAGAUAUUUGUGGAAUCAAAUGAAUAUAUUUAUGAUAUUAAAAUAAAUUCUUUAAACAGCAUUCUAAGAGAUUUUUUUAUCCUAUUCAAUGGAGAAAUCAUUUUGCAAAAGGUCUAUAUGGAUUUUUCAAUAUCUUACAAUGUUGUAGGGCAAUGCUGUGAUAGAAUUAGUGAGAGUAUUCCAUUUUUAGAAUUUAUAUUGUAAUAAAAAUUUAAUAAACAAAUGUGAUCUUACAA